AUGGCCGCUCUAAUCGCCAACGCCAACAACAUCAAUCCCCACCUCAGCGCCAACGCUCCCACUCCCGAUCGCAGGCUCAAGACUCGCUGCCCCGCCGCUCCUCGCUCGAGCCGACCACGCGCUUCCGUCUCGACACCACGGUCCCAGCGACGUGACGACAUUGAGCACACGGCUACCGACAGACGCAACUCGCCCGGCGCUGCGACGCGGUCCCCCACGACGCAGCAGAGGGCGCGAAAGUCUGCCGCAGCCGCAGCCGACGGCACAGUGCCGGCAGGCGGCGCCUCUUGCAGGUUCCCCUCUCCGCCGCCGUCCUCGUCACCCCCCGUCGCCAGUGGUGCCACGCCGGUCGACGAUGCAAAGGAAGCCUCAAUGGCAUCACAUACCGGAGACAUCGUCUCUGCAGCGCACCAAUCUCUGCACAAUGCCCCGGGCCUCACGACCUCGGUUGGACGGCACCAGCAACCGUCACCACCGCCCAGCCAAAGCUUCCACAUACCCGACUCGUCCUUGGCAUCCUCGUCGUUCAGCCAGGUCGAGCCGAGCUCUACCCAACAGACCUCCCGGGAGAGCCGGCAAACGGUUAUCCACCUCCGGGAUUUGGCGCACAUGCAAAGCCUCGCAGACGCCAAGAUGCUUGGGGGGAGCAGCUGCGCAUCCUUGGACCCAAACGUCCAGAUCAAGUAUGAAAUCAGCGGAAUGCCCAUUGCCGACAUAAUCGAAAUGGUGGCUGCCCUGCUCACCAAGAUCACCACUACCAACGACUUGCAGCACGAUGCCAUGCAGCGAAACGUGGCCCAUCAGCAGCAAGCCAGUCAGUCCAACGACUCUGGGUCUCACAUGAGCCCUCUGAGCCAUUCCGUCCUGGCUUUCCACGGCAAAAACGUGCCCGCAAUUACCAUCUUGAGCUACCUCUCGCGCAUACACAAGUACUGUCCCACAACCUACGAAGUGUUUCUCAGCCUGCUAGUCUACUUUGACCGCAUGACGGAGCGAGUCAACGAAAUUGUCAUGCAUAGCGAGCAAUCCCAAAGCCGGGCUGCUUCGCACUCGCACCCUGCAUCGUCGGGGGCAUCGCGGGGAGACACCACCAUGCACGAAGAUGCCCACGAGUCGGACGAGAGCGAUUCAGACUUGGCAGACGACGACGACAACGAUGACGAAAUGGUAGACUCUCCUACAGCGGCAGGUGGACGCAACGAAUCCGGGCAGGCUGCCACAGAAUCCGAUGACCGAGUCGCAGUUAGCCCGGCAACAUACUUUGUAGUGGACAGUUUUAAUAUCCACAGAUUGAUUAUUUCCGGGGUGACUUGCGCCAGCAAGUUCUUUUCUGACGUCUUUUACACCAACUCUCGAUACGCCAAGGUCGGAGGCCUCCCGCUUGCCGAGCUGAACCAUCUGGAAAUCCAGUUCCUCGUCCUCAACGACUUUCGGCUCGCUGUCCCUGUUGAAGAUUUGGAAGCCUACGCCACCAUGCUCGUCGAGUUUUAUGCUCGUGAAGUCAUGGCACAAAAGUCGGCGCCAGGAGCAUAG